UAUAAGUAUGAGCCUGUCCGGACAUUGGCUCUUGCGAGCUCCACUGGUCAUGGAACCAAUAUAAUUGCUGGGGUCAGCUUGGGUCUGGAGUCCACGGCUCUUCCUGUUUUAGUUAUAAGUGUAGCUAUUAUUUCUGCUUUUUGGCUGGGAAAUACCUCGGGGCUUAUGGAUGAAAAUGGAAACCCCAUUGGAGGUCUAUUUGGAACCGCUGUAGCUACAAUGGGAAUGCUAAGCACUGCAGCUUAUGUGCUUACAAUGGACAUGUUUGGUCCUAUAGCUGAUAAUGCAGGUGGAAUUGUUGAGAUGAGCCAGCAGCCAGAAAGUGUUCGUGAGAUCACAGAUGUUCUUGAUGCUGUUGGGAACACCACAAAAGCAACAACCAAAGGGUUUGCUAUUGGAUCUGCUGCCCUCGCAUCAUUCCUUCUCUUUAGUGCCUAUAUGGACGAGGUUUCAGCGUUUGCUAAUGUGUCUUUCAAAGAGGUUGAUAUUGCUAUCCCAGAAGUCUUCAUAGGUGGGUUGUUAGGUGCCAUGCUUAUUUUCCUCUUUAGCGCUUGGGCUUGUGCAGCAGUUGGUCGAACUGCACAGGAGGUUGUCAACGAAGUAAGAAGACAGUUCAUUGAGAGGCCUGGCAUAAUGGACUACAAGGAGAAACCAGAUUAUGGUCGAUGUGUUGCCAUUGUCGCAUCUUCAGCUUUGAGGGAAAUGAUAAAACCAGGAGCUUUGGCUAUAGUAUCACCCAUUGCAGUUGGUUUCGUGUUCCGGAUAUUGGGAUACUACACGGGACAACCUCUGCUUGGAGCAAAAGUAGUAGCUGCAAUGCUAAUGUUUGCAACAGUAUGUGGUAUCUUGAUGGCACUCUUCUUAAAUACAGCAGGAGGUGCUUGGGACAAUGCAAAGAAAUACAUUGAGACUGGAGCACUUGGAGGCAAAGGAAGUGAUUCCCACAAAGCUGCAGUAACUGGCGAUACUGUGGGAGACCCUUUUAAGGACACAGCCGGACCGUCGAUUCACGUUCUCAUCAAAAUGUUGGCGACUAUCACGCUUGUCAUGGCUCCAAUCUUUCUCUGAUAAAAGGUAUCUAAUCCUCAUUUGCACAUAUAUAGAGUGAGUGAACGAGUGAGGUAGGUUAUGAAUUCAUUGAACAUGUUUUAAAGUUUUUGUUUUUCCUCUCAUCUGACCAAAUAAUGUUAGGUUUGGCUAGAAUGAAUGAAUGAUAAGCAAGCACUUCUCAGUGACA